ACUCAUGACUUCAACGUAUCCUAUUGGCUGAAAGUAUGUGAUUUGGCCGGGACAAUCCUCGUAGCGCUUUCGGGGGCGGGACUGUUAGUUCUGACAGGAAAACUAAAGAAAGGCGAAUAUCUCGCAGGAAAAAGAUGGCGGCAAUCAGAAAGAAACUGGUGAUAGUCGGUGAUGGAGCCUGUGGCAAGACUUGCCUCCUCAUAGUGUUCAGCAAGGAUCAGUUCCCUGAGGUCUACGUGCCUACAGUGUUUGAAAACUACGUGGCAGAUAUUGAGGUGGAUGGUAAACAGGUGGAGCUGGCCUUGUGGGACACAGCAGGUCAGGAGGACUAUGACCGACUGAGGCCUCUGUCAUAUCCAGACACAGAUGUCAUCCUCAUGUGCUUUUCCAUUGACAGCCCUGACAGUUUAGAGAAUAUUCCGGAGAAGUGGACUCCAGAAGUGAAGCACUUCUGUCCCAAUGUGCCCAUUAUUCUUGUGGGAAACAAGAAAGACCUGCGAAAUGAUGAGCACACACGCCGAGAGUUGGCUAAAAUGAAACAGGAACCUGUGAAGUCAGAGGAGGCGAGAGAAAUGGCCAACCGGAUCAAUGCCUUUGGUUACUUGGAGUGCUCAGCCAAGACGAAGGAUGGUGUGAGGGAGGUGUUUGAGAUGGCCACCAGGGCGGCGCUACAGGCUAAGAAACGAGGCAGAAAGAGUGGCUGCCUUCUGCUAUAGAGCGUCAAGUUACACAGGUUAGGGAGGACAGGAGGAAAGGAUCCUUGCCAACAAAAACAUUCCUCCUGUUUCUAUUUGUCACCAUGCUGUGCAGAAUUGAAUGGGGCCUUUUCAGGAAUAAGGGAGAAAAGUCAAACUAGGUCAAAAGGGGAGUGUAAGCAUUCAUGUCCAAGGUUACACAAAAGCCUUUAAUAUGUAAUCAUAUCUUUGGAUUCAUCAAACCUAAAAUCAAGAGAACAUGGAAAGAAGGAACCAUCUCUCUUAAAGAGGUGCGUUGGAUUUCCAGACCUAUGAACACAGUUAAGUGGUCUCCGUUAUUCUAAAUUGCAGCCUGAUGGUCUGUACAUGAGACCAUCUCUAGAACAGAUUCAUCCCAGGUGUUCAGUACAUUCACAGCUAUAUACCAUAUGAACAAGUUUCUGGAGGACUUGGCUUAUGGUGUUUCUUUGAGUUUAACACCCUAUUAGUCUGUACUUUUGUCAUUUCCUUUAUUUCUCUGCAAAGACCAACCAACUCUAUACGGACCUGAUUUCCUCCUGUAUGAUGAUGGAGUAACCUGUCGCUGCAGGUUCAUAUUCAAAAUCCACACUACCACUCAAAAGUACGAGUCACCAAAUGUCAAAUUAAAUAAUUCAAUAAAAAUCACACUUUUAUUCUUUAAAUGAAUCCUAAAGUGAGUAGAAAACAUAUUAUUGAUAUUAAAAAGGUUAGAAAUAAUGAUUUUUGCAAAAAUAAUUGAGUUUUUCCAGCAUUCUACCAUCAGUUUGCUGACAUUUUAGUUCAUUCUUCCAGAAGCUCCCAGUUUAAUGUGGGUGAGAGUGGACUGAGACCCAAUGACUGUGCUGGGCUCUCAGCUGCUUCUGUAUAGUUUAGUAAUUCUAUGGCUCACUGUGCUGUUGCAGUCAGUCGGCAUCCAGAGGAUCAGAUGUGGUGCUAAAUUUCCCAGAAUUUCCCACUUUAUCCCAAAGACCCCCAAAACUUUUACAUGUUGCCACUUGACAGGGGGCGAGCACACCUCCACCACCCUUCAGUCUUUGUCUCUGAAAUAUUCAUUUUGACCCAAAUACCUCUAAGUUAGGUUUAUCUGUUUAUAAAACUUUCUCCCUGACCUCCUCUGUCCAACAUCUACGUUCUUUUUUUCCCCACUUUAUUUCUAGAGCACUUUAAAAACAACAUGACCGCUGACCAAAGUGCUGUACAGAAAAUAAGAGAACAAAAGACUAAAUCAGUAAAAAUACAUACAAAGGAUAAGAAGAUGUCAACUCUCACUUAAAAGCCAAGGAGAAAAUGUGUGUUUUUAAACGGGUUUUAAAAACAGUGAGGGAUGGAGCCUGCCUGACCUCCAGAGGCAGGUCAUCCCACAUUUUGGGAGCGAAAGCUGCAAAAGCUCGGUCUCCUCUGGAUUUAUAAAAGCACCUGGUUAGCUGAUGUAAGAGCAUGUGACAGCAUGUAAGGGUGAAGCAGCUCAGGGGCAAAACUAUUAAGAGACUUAAAAACAAAAUAAUUUUUAAAUGGAUUCAAAACAGCAGACUCAUGUUUUUGGCCUGUUGCUCAGUUGGGCUGUUUUAUAAAGGGAAUAAUAUUGUGUACAAUGUUCUGGGCAGUUUCCUGCAUGCAAUAGCGUUCACUGUCAUAGCAGAUUAUGGUUGAACACACAAAGGAUGAUGUUUCAGUUACUCAGCUAAAGGUUUAAAAGUGUAAUUAAUUAACCAUCUAACAUGAUAAACUUGAAUUAGUAACAACAUGCCAGUGGAACACUGUGCUAAGAAUUGGCCUUUCUACUCCAAUACAGGUAUUCCAAUAAAAUUACAGCAAUACAUUACAUUAGUUGUGCAUGAUGUAGCCAUGGACUCUGGUUCAUUUCUGAUUUUUUUGUUUUUGUUUUUCAAAAUAAAAGUCUGUGCUUGUCUUUCAAAACAAGGACUUUCUGCGUGAUGCCAAACCUUGUGUGUAAGAUUAAAUUACCAGUGUUUUGUACAACUUUUCAAAAUUAGAUUGCUUGAUUUUGUUUUUUAAGUCAUUAAACUGAUGUGGACUGUCUAACACUGUAUGUAGUUGGCUAUAGAAGCGUUAACAAAGGCAAAUUAUCCUGAACAGAGUUUUUGUUAACUGUCAGAUAUUAAAGAGGCCUUGGUGUACCUCUGACAGAGAGGAGUGCAUGUUUAUAGAAGAAAGGAUUGUGUUCGAGUCAAGCAGUUCCAGUUUUAAUGCGACACCUCCAUGUUUCUGAUCUGGCCUUGUUCACCUGCUGUCUUGAAGAAUUCAGUAUAAUGUACAAUUUCUACAACACUAAUUCCAUCAGUGCUACAGUUAGACUGUAACUAGAAGGCUUUCUAGCCUGCACACACCUGGUAAAGGACAGUGUUUCUCUUCUAAUAUCUUUGUGUUGGACUGAUGGAAUUAGGGCUCUGGAAAUUUACACUAUACUCCUUUAAAGCAUGUUGUGAGGCUAGUAUGCAACUCAUUAUUUAAGUACAAGUUUGAACAUUUAUAGUGUACCUAUAUGUUUUCUUUUUCUUUCCUGCUCUGCAUUCCAUUGUAUGCUAUUUUAACUAUGGGAUAUUCCAUCAGCUUACUUUUGUAUUAUUUGCACAUAGCUUCAAAUGUCUGUGUUGUAUAAAAACACACAAUGUCCAAAUUCUGAAAUGCAAGGAUCUUCUAUAGGAUUGGUUAUUUGUAAGCAAAAUAUUCUUUUAUAUCCAGUAGUCUUUUGUAAAGUUUUCUAAAGGAAAUACAUUUGAGAACGACCAAA